GUUUGAACUGUGAAUGGAAACACGUGUUUGUGUUUGAAGUGGUGGUCAAUGUUUAUACCAUUUGUUUGCUGUAAUUAUCACUACAAGUAGUGCAAAGUCAAGACAUGGAAGAUAAGACAUCGAAGAAGAAGCACAAAUCGCCCCAAACGCUAGGCGAGAUUCAACGCCAACAGGAUUUCUUCCUGAAGCCGUCGUCAGCCGAGCCGAGUCUGAACGCCGAGCAAACUACGACNUUCUUCCUGAAGCCGUCGUCAGCCGAGCCGAGUCUGAACGCCGAGCAGUGGCCACUCCUUCUCAAGAACUACGACCGCCUGAACGUGAGGACCAACCACUUCACGCCCCUAUCGUUUGGUUGUUCGCCAUUCAAACGUGAUUUGCGAGAAUACUUGCGCUCGGGUUUCAUCAAUUUGGAUAAGCCGUCCAACCCGUCCUCCCAUGAAGUGGUCGCUUGGAUUAAACGCAUUCUGAGGGUCGAUAAGACGGGUCACAGCGGAACCCUUGACCCCAAAGUGAGCGGUUGUCUCAUUGUGUGCAUCGAAAGGGCCACUCGUUUAGUGAAGUCUCAGCAAAAUGCGGGCAAAGAGUACGUGACUAUCUUUCGCCUCCACAGCGCUGUCGAUAGCGAAAAGACUGUACUGAAAGCCGUGGAAACGCUUACCGGCGCUCUCUUUCAAAGACCUCCUCUAAUAUCAGCUGUGAAACGACAGCUCAGAGUCCGCACUAUAUAUGAGAGUAAACUUCUGGAGUAUAAUAAAGAGAAAAAUCUGGGCGUCCUUUGGGUGAGCUGUGAGGCCGGCACUUAUGUCCGCACUCUUUGCGUUCAUUUGGGACUCGUGUUAGGCGUUGGCGGACAGAUGCAAGAGCUGAGACGAGUCCGCUCUGGCAUUCAGAGUGAGGCCGAGGGGUUGGUUACGAUGCACGACAUUCUGGACGCCCAGUGGCUCUACGAUAACCACAAAGACGAGACAUAUCUUCGACGAGUCAUUAAGCCAUUGGAAGCGCUUCUGAUCUCUCAUAAGCGGAUUGUCAUGAAAGACAGUGCAGUGAACGCCGUCUGCUAUGGCGCCAAAAUCAUGUUACCCGGAGUACUCAAGUAUGAGGACAACAUCGAAAUGAACGACCAGAUUGUCGUCAUCACCACCAAAGGAGAAGCCGUCUGUUUGGCCAUUGCACUGAUGACCACAUCGACAAUCGCGAGCAGUGAUCACGGAGUGGUCGCCAAAAUCAAGAGAGUUCUUAUGGAAAGGGAUACCUAUCCCCGAAAGUGGGGUUUGGGACCCACUGCCACUCUUAAGAAGAAGUUAAUGAAAGAGGGAUUACUAACAGAUAAGGGAAAGCCUAACGACAAGACCCCAAAAGAUUGGUAUUUAAAAUAUCAGGACUCCUCCCAUACCGAUGCAAAUGCUGACGGCCUGUCCUCACCCAACGGAACAGUCGUUAAAACAGAAGUAAAAGAAGAAGAGGCCGACGAAGAAAUGGACGAAAGUGUGGGACAAUCGGCUGAAAAGAAGAAGAAAAAGAAGAAGAAGAAGAAGAAAGAAGAGAAAUCUGAUUCGGAAUAAAGACAUUGAUUCCGACCCAAACUGUCAUUCUUUUAUUUCUCACAUUCAAUCCAAUCAUUAAAUAAAUUUUUAUUUUGAAAUAAUGUUAAUUAUAUGUACCGUAUAUACUAUAUAGUUUACCUGGAUGCACACUCGAGCCAUUUGGGGCCACACUAUGAG